AUGACGCCUCAUCUUAUAUGCGUCCUGGUGCUGGUCACACACGCCGUCGCCGUUGUCGUUUCCUUGAUUGACAGCGUUCCAGCACAUAUAACCACGUCUUACUCAGAGUCUGCGGUCCUUUCGUGGACCACGGUGCGAACCACCAUCUUCAGAUCCACCAUUGUUGAUUCAGGGUCUUCAAGCGCGAUUGGCCGGUCUGAAACAAAGCCGAGCUCUUCUACGAGCUCAAAAGAAACGACGUCGCUGUCAAGCUCAACACCAUCGCAUACUGCUUCUAGCUCGAAGAUAUCCGCGACGACGGCCCCCAGCUCAACUCAUACUAGUCCAUCAUCGUUUCAAACUCAGAUUCUUCAGCAGCACAGCGCUUAUCGCAAGCUUCAUGAAGCCACGGACCUCAUCUGGUCGCCAGAACUUCAGGGCCACGCCCAAAGUUACGCAAAUAACUACAACUGCAACGGUACGCUCAUACAUUCCAGCUCUCCCUAUGGCGAGAACUUGGCCCUUGGUUUCAACACGACGGGAGCUGUCACCGCCUGGUACAACGAGUUCAAGCUCUACAACUACGAGAAACCCGGAUUUUCUGAACAAACAGGUCAUUUCACUCAGCUUGUCUGGAAGGCUACCACACAAGUAGGAUGCGCUUCCGUCGACUGUGGUGACUACUAUGGCCAAUACACCAUUUGCAACUACAACCCGCCAGGAAAUGUCGCUGGACAGUACAAACUAAACGUGGUGGACGGCUAG